UUUGAAAUCUUAACAGAUUGGAAUAUUGAGUUUGUACUUUAAUGUCCCUCACUUCUAAGCUUUGCAAAUACAAAGAGAAGCACAUUCCUUUAUUUUCUUCACAACGCAGAGACAUGCAAUGGAGUCCCAAAGCCAACAACUACCUAUUUCUAAUGCCGUACGGUGCCAAAACCAAACUGAAACACCCACCUCCAAAUCUCCAUCGUAUAUAAUUCAUAUUCUGAGACAAAAUUUGAUCUUUCAAUCAAAAUGGGCAGAGCUGAAUGGUGCAAUGGGAGACCUGGGCACUUAUAUACCAAUAGUAUUAGCCUUGACACUAGCCAGUGACCUAAACUUAGGCACAACAUUGAUAUUCACUGGCAUAUACAAUAUUGUCACUGGUGCUAUUUAUGGUGUGCCCAUGCCAGUCCAGCCGAUGAAAUCAAUUGCUGCAGUGGCUAUAUCGAAUACUGAUAAUUUUGGUAUUCCAGAAAUUAUGGCUGCAGGAAUUUGCACUGGAGGAAUUCUUUUGAUUUUGGGUGUUACCGGUUUGAUGCAACUAGUUUAUAAGAUAAUUCCACUAUCUGUUGUUAGAGGUAUUCAGCUUUCACAAGGGUUAUCUUUUGCAAUGACUGCUGUUAAAUAUAUUAGAAAAGUUCAAAACUUUUCAAAAUCUAAAUCUAGUGGAGAUAGGCAUUGGUUGGGAUUGGAUGGGUUGGUUUUGGCCAUCGUUUGUGCUUCCUUUAUUAUUAUAGUGAAUGGCUCAGGUGAAGAGAGAGAAGAAGGACAAGAGAGUAAUGAAGACAAUUUGGUGUUUGAAGAAAUGACUAAGAGAAGAAGACUAAAGAAAUUUAUUGCGUCCCUUCCUUCUGCUUUUAUGGUGUUUUUGUUAGGUGUGGUUUUGGCAUUUAUAAGAAAGCCUGAAGUGGUGAAAGGUAUUAAAAUAGGCCCAUCUUCUAUUGAAAUAGUGAAAAUUCCAAAGCAUUCAUGGAAAUCAGGGUUCAUUAAGGGCACAAUUCCUCAGCUUCCUUUAUCAAUACUAAACUCUGUUAUUGCUGUUUGUAAAUUAUCAUCUGAUCUUUUUCCUGGAAAGGAUUUUUCGGCUACUUCAGUUUCUGUGACUGUAGGGUUAAUGAAUUUAGUGGGUUGUUGGUUUGGGGCUAUGCCAUGUUGCCACGGGGCAGGUGGGUUAGCUGGUCAGUACAAAUUUGGAGGCAGGAGUGGUGGGUGUGUGGCUCUUCUUGGUGCAGCUAAAAUGGUAUUGGGUUUGAUUAUAGGAAGUUCUUUGGUGAUGAUAUUGAACCAAUUUCCAGUAGGAGUUUUAGGGGUGCUAUUAUUGUUUGCUGGAGUAGAGUUGGCUAUGGCUUCAAGAGAUAUGAAGACAAAGGAGGAAUCUUUUGUGAUGCUUAUAUGCACUGCAGUUUCUCUUGUGGGUUCAAGUGCUGCACUUGGAUUUGUGUGUGGGAUUGUUGUGCAUUUGCUUCUUAAGCUUAGAAAAUUGUCAUAAAUAUUAUAUGUUAGGAAUUAAGGACUAUAUUGUAAUAAACAUUGCUGUAAUAGUAAUUAAUAGCCUGCAUAGUAUUUCAAUUACUUAAACUUGUGGCUAAAUGUUUAUAUAGCUGCUGAUGUGUAAGUAGCUGAGUUGGCAUUUAGAUACAGCCUAUUAUAUAUCUAAUUGUAUUUAUGGAAAAAGAAGUAAUGAGAAAAUAUACUCUUUUUCCUA